AAAACGCAGUAACAGAAAAUUUUUUCUGUCAAACACUCACAGCGUUAGCAUCGUCAGAGAAUUUAUAGAAAAAUGGCCCGUACGAAGCAGACUGCCCGUAAAUCAACUGGUGGAAAAGCUCCUCGCAAGCAGCUGGCCACCAAGGCUGCUCGCAAGAGUGCCCCAGCAACUGGCGGAGUCAAGAAACCCCAUCGCUACCGCCCAGGAACAGUGGCUCUCCGUGAGAUCCGUCGUUACCAGAAGAGCACAGAAUUGCUCAUCCGCAAGCUGCCCUUCCAGCGUCUCGUCCGUGAGAUUGCUCAGGAUUUCAAGACUGACUUGAGAUUCCAGAGCUCUGCCGUGAUGGCUCUCCAGGAGGCAAGUGAGGCUUACCUCGUUGGCUUGUUUGAGGACACGAACCUGUGUGCCAUCCAUGCCAAGCGAAAAAUGACUGGACGUGGCAAAGGAGGCAAGGGACUUGGUAAAGGAGGCGCAAAGAGGCACAGGAAGGUGUUGCGUGACAACAUCCAGGGCAUCACGAAGCCAGCCAUCCGUCGUUUGGCUCGUCGCGGUGGCGUGAAGCGUAUCUCUGGACUGAUCUACGAGGAGACCCGCGGUGUCCUCAAGGUCUUUUUGGAGAAUGUUAUCCGUGAUGCUGUGACUUACACUGAACACGCCAAGAGGAAGACAGUCACUGCCAUGGACGUUGUCUAUGCCCUCAAGCGCCAAGGUCGCACUCUGUACGGUUUUGGAGGUUAAAUGCUGUAGAUAAUCCUCUAACCCAACAAAAAACGGCCCU